CACUGGGUUUUAGGGUUCCUGCCCAGGGAUGAAGAGGUUCUUCCAGCCCGUGGAGCGCGAUGGCGCCUCCAAGAAGCCCUCCAUCGCGAUCGCCAACGGCGGCGAGAAUGCGUGCGCCGAUCCAUCCAGGUUCAUGUCUUGGAAUGCGAAUAGCUUGCUUCUGCGAUUCAAGAACAACCGGGAGGAGGUCAUGAGCUUCAUCCGCGGCUUCGAUCCGGAUGUGAUUUGCAUCCAGGAGGUUCGUCUCCCGGCGGCUGGAUUUAAAGGCGAGAAGAAAAAUCCGGGAGAGAUCAAGGAUGAUAGCGCUGCUGCUCGCAAUGACAAGCAGGCUGUGAUGCGUGUUCUAUCGGUGUCGCCAAUGGCAGAUUAUAGCGUGUGGUGGUCUCUCGGAGAGAACAAGUACGCUGGAACAGCUCUCUUCGUGAAGAAUUGCUUCAAGCCAGUGUCGGUGGCCUUCAACAUUGACAACAAAGGCAAAGAUGCACAACGCCAUGAGAUCGAUGGGAGAAUUAUCUUGGCGGAGUUUGGAUCGUUCACUCUUCUCAACACUUAUGCGCCAAACAAUGGAUGGAAGGAAGAAGAGAAUGGUUUCGUGCGAAGAAGAGCGUGGGACAAGAAAGUACUCGAGUUUGUGAGCUCUUGCAGCAAGCCGCUCAUUUGGUGCGGUGAUCUUAACGUGAGCCAUCAGGAGAUCGAUGUAACUCAUCCGGAGUUUUUUGCAAACGCAACCCAACCCGGCUACACUCCUCCAAACAAAGAGGACGCUGGACAACCCGGAUUCACGCUCAAUGAGCGAGCAAGGUUCUCAACGAUCUUAAAUCGGGGAAAUCUGGUGGACACGUACAGGCAUCUCCACGAGAAGCAGGACUUGGAGGCUGGAUUUACGUGGUCUGGAAAUCCCGUGGGAAAGUAUCGCGGCAAGCGUAUGCGAAUCGACUACUUUCUAAUCUCCAAAGCGCUGCUUCCUCGUCUAGCCAGCAGCAAAAUCCACGGCCGUGGAAUCGAGCUAGAAGGAUUCCUUGGAAGUGAUCACUGCCCACUGACCAUGGAACUCAAGAAUCAAGCCGGCCAAAACCACGAGUGAGAGUGGCGCGAGAUUUUCAUUCUUUUUAUAUAUACGGAGUCAAGGCAUUGCAUCCCAUCCCUCCCUCCACUGCGAAUAUUCCACAAAGACGGUGCUUUUGUUUAGCCCGUCUCUGUCCGACACCUGUCCGGCCAGAAAAGCUUUUGUUGCUGACUUUAAAAAGCAUAUUCUGGGCCA